UGCUAAGACUACCAGUGUCAAACCAUGGGACGACUCACUCUCAUCGGGAUCCUUCUCACGACCGAGAAAGAACAAAGAUAUCCGCACCGCAUUAGUAAUCACAACGAACCCGCCCAGCGCAAAUAUUCCCGCAAGCCCUACUUUCGCUCGCCUUGCCAUCUGCAGCGUAAACGCCGUUCUUAUCGGGACCAGCAAGAUGGCCAGAUCGAUAGCCGCGUCGAGCGCGAGGGCCAACGGCCGGCAGAUGCAGACUGUAGUAAUGGUUGUGGAGAGGUACCAGAGGGAGGUGAAGAUUAUCAGGGAGAGCGAGGCGCGCUGGUGGAAGCUCGAGGUGGAGAAGAUGCGCCGGUAG